CUGCAGACUGCCAUCAUGGUCCGCUUGGUGCUGAUGUUGGCUGUGCUCAUCAUACCGUCUGUUUGUGGAAGAGCUCCUCUCUCUCCUCUGCCUGUGGAAGACGGCUGCUCCCUGGUGUCUCCAGAGGUCAACGUUUUAAGAGUGGAGGGCGAGGCCAUAAUCCUCUCCUUCCCGAUGUUCGAGAGGGUCCUUGAAGUACACAACAUCGCCCCCCCGACCGCAAAGUACCUCAUCACCAAGGGCAACGGGACGCAGGGCGGGGCUUAUCACGGCGAGGGGCGUGUCCAGCAGCGGGACAACCAGCUGUGGCUCCUCCCCGCUCAGGCUGCUGACUCAGGGGAAUAUAUCUGCACUUACAGAAACGAGACCUACUGUGUAACCGGGAGCAUCGGGCUACACGUGUACGAGUCCGGUUCUGCUGACGUGGAGAAACUGUCCUACCCGAUCCCGGUCUCAGUGGGAGAAUACCUGAGGCUGUCGUGUCCGUCUCUCAGUGACUUCAACAGCACGGACAGACUGAUCGAGUGGCACAAGGACUCCGGCCUCACCCCCCGCCGGUCAGGCCGAGUUCAGGGCUCCUUCCAGCAGGACCGAGGUAGACUCCUCAUUCCUGCAGUGAGGCGGUCACACGCAGGUGUGUACACCUGUCGGCUCCGAGCGCUCAUCGAUGACCAGCAGUACAACGUCAGCAGGACCGUGGUGCUGAACGUGGAAGACCCCGUCACCGUCACCACCACCACCGAGCCUGACCUCUCCGGGAACUCUGAGCCUGGGCUGACCAGCAGCAGCUUCAUCCCGGUUCACACUCCAGGUAUUCAACCACCUGUGAUUCUCUCGCCACGCAACGGAACCAUCUUUGAAAGUCUGCAUGGGUCAGGACUGGAGCUGUCUUGUACGGUGCUCACUGAAUGUCAAACGGCGGAUUACACUGUGGUCACAUGGCUCGUCAACAACCAAUCGGUGGAGUCAUCGUACCUCGAUGGGCGGGCUCUGCAAGGGGGGAGGAGGGUAACCGGCGUGUCUGAAAGCUGUCGCAUUGAGUUGAGGCUCGUCGUCGUAACGAUGACGGACGAAGAUGUGAACGCGGAGCUGAGGUGCGUCGCUCAGAACCGAGCAGGGAGACAGGAAGUGGUCAUAAGGCUUCAACUAGAGGACUCCACAUUCACAUGGCUGGUGGUCGCCACUGCGACCGUGUCCUGCUUCCUCACCGUGGUGUCCAUCUUCCUCUACGUCCUCUUCAAGCCUAACGGGAGAAACAAGAUGGAUUACUUCCUGGCUCGUCAGAACAGCAGCUUCUAACACUCUCCCUCCAGAGACAGAGAGCUUCUUCAGUGUGACGUCACAGUGACAUCACCACGUCCUAUCUGGUGUU